AUGCGCGAGGUAGUGUUGACUGCAGCCAGUUUAGCGCUGACAGGCGCUGUGGUCGCGAAUGCUUACUACCAAAAACAUCAAUUUUACCCCUCUGUUGUUUAUUUGACCAAGUCAAGUCCGAGCAUGGCGGUAAGUCGCAGAACCUUUAUGCUAAAGAGAAUGGAAAACCUGCUUUCAGUUGCUGGUUUAUAACCAUCAACUAUCAUCUAUCAUUGUUGUCAGUAUAGAGUGUUGUCGGAGGUUUGGCAUUAAUGAUCUAAUCCCUGUUUUGCUGUAGGUUUUGUACAUUCAAGCUUUUGUUCUUGUGAUUCUGCUUGGAAAAGUGAUGAGAAAAGUUUUCUUUGGACAGCUGCGAGCUGCAGAAAUGGAGGUAAAUUUGAUUCACGGACUAUAUAAAGUAUUUUUAUACAUCUGAAUGUAAAGUCUUGUUAAUUGAUUCAAGUCCAUCAGAAGACUUCUUAAUUGAUGUUUGAUAUGCAGGAAAUAGAUCAGCCCAUUUCAUUUUCCACUCAACCUCAGCAUUCCACGCUCUGGGGAUCCCCCCACCAGGCCUAUAUGAAUUUAACUCUUGUAUCAAAAGUUUGGUCUGGUCACCAUCAUUCAAACUAUCUGUACAAGGCUUUACUUUAAGCAAAAUGAUAAGGAGCCAAAAACCCCUAAAGAUUUCCAAGAUGCCACAACAAUAAAAACUAAUUGCCCAAGGCCACUGUAGCAGCCGAGGCUAAAAGAGUGGGCAGCCAGCAAUUUUUCUGCUGCCACUGGAAUGUUUGCUUCCUUCUCAACACUUGGGUUUAAUAAAUUUAUUAUGUAACUUAGAUGAAACCACCUGCUUUUCUGUUUGUCCUGCUUAACACUAUUAAACAUUCUGAUUGGGUUGGCUGCAGCCCUGCAGAAUAGGAGAAUAAAAAAAUGUUAUCUGCUGCAUAAAAUAAUGUUAACAAAAGUUAUUCACAUGUUGUAAAUAUAGGGUGCAUAAACUUCCUAUCACCACCAUGUUGAGCAUGAAAGAAAUGGACUGCUUAAACCAGUCGCAUAGCCAGUGUCAGGCCCCAAUAUAGUUAACUCCAAAAACAAAAAUGGACAGCAAUACCAUGAAGAAUUUGUGGUUGUUUUAGUGCUCAAGAGAUCCUUUUAAUGACAAAUGUAAAAAGAAUUGAAAAUUAUAGAGAAAUACAUCUUCGGUCAAAAUUUGUCACCAAAAGGAUCCCUUGCGCACUAAAACAACCACAAAUUCUUCAUGGUAUUGCUGUCCAUUUUUAUUUUUGGAGUUAACUAUAUUGGGGCCUGACACUGGCUAUGGGACUGGUUUAAGCAGUCCACGUCUUUCAUGCUCAACAUGGUGGUGAUAGGAAGUAACCCAAUUUUUAAAGCUAUUUUUCAAUUCUUUCCACACUUUUAAAUGUGGCUAAAUGUAAUUUAGGCGAGGUUAAACACGAGAUAAUGCUGGCCAUCGACAUCUGAUGCUAAUCGUAUGUGGGGCAGGCUUUUCCAGGGCCCCAGUAUAUUUACAGCACUCCUUUAGAGAUCAAGUAAUAUUGCACAUGUUGUCUUUGCUUGUGCUUGUGUCAAAACCUUUUGCUCCCAGCCUUUCCCUUCCUCUGGGUGGGUCUUGGUAAGUAUCUGAAAACUUUCCACUGAGGUUCUCAGUGUGAUGGUGCCGUGUGGUUGCCACUCACAGGGUUGUCAUGGUUACCUUCACGCUCACUUGUGGCUCCGUCAGUUUACUCAGGCGCCUUCCCUACACCCAUUUAUUGCAGGGUUUUAAUUCUAAAUAAAUGCAAAAAUUGAGGUAUGAAACCUUUUAUAAUAAUUAUAGCUUGCACUUUGUGGUGAUUUCAAUGUGCCACGCAUCAUGAAAUGCUUCUAAAUUCAGCAUAUUAGUGUCAAAGCCCUACAUAUUUUAGUGAAUAAUAUGUUUAUUCAUAUUUGUGUGUUCAAUCUAGGUAUUUCGAUGAAAACAUAAAGAAAAAUAUUAAUUGACCUUUUCUGUAUACGUAUAAAGAAACUGGUACAAGGUCACGCCAAUAUAUGCAAAUUAGGAUUUUCCCAUAAUUUGCAUAACAAAAGUAAGCUCUCAAAAAAUUGAUUAGUGGUAUGUUUUUCCACUGAUUGGUAGUUUGUUUUCCAGUUGAAGGUCCAUUGUGUUAACAACCACAAUGCGAUACAUCUUGUAGCCACUGACCUCAGAAAAACCUCUCAUUCAUUUCAGCAUUUAAUUGAAAGAUCAUGGUAUGCAGUCACAGAGACUUGCCUGGCCUUUACUGUUUUUCGUGAUGAUUUUAGUCCUCGUUUUGUAGCCCAGUUUACUCUUCUGUUGUUCCUGAAAUGUUUCCAUUGGCUGGCAGAAGACAGAAUAGAUUAUAUGGAGAGAAGUCCUGUACUGUCGUGGCUCUUUCAUGUGCGAGCAGUUUUGCUGCUCAUGUUUUUAGGCAUGGUGGAUGCAGUUCUUGUUCAUAUUGCUUACAAUACAACCAUGCAAAGUGGAGCAUCUGUCCAACUGGUGUUUGGAUUUGAAGUAAGAACAAACUUUAUCUUAUUAGUGCAUGCAAUGACUUAGACAGUAUACAAUGCUUUGCCACAUGAAAUACUCUUUUGUCUGUUGGCAUUAUUAUUGACUGCAUUCCAGUGCUGCAGGCGACUGAUUUCAAGUGAGUGGUUGAGGAGGGGUCCUGUCACCUUUGCAAGUUUUUGUCAGUGUUAAAGACCUUUUGGAUCAGGUUUUCUUGAAAACCCACGCUACGAACUGCCGUUUGCAGUUACGGGUUUGCAGUUGCGCUUUGUUAGGAUGUAGAAUUUUAGCAAAGUGUUCAUUUUUUAGUGCCAUCAUGUUGGUUUUCUUCAAGUCACAGUGCUUCACUUUUAUUGCCUGAAUAAUAUGAAGAAUUCAUUGAUUUGAGCUCAAAAAUCCAACUGGCACAACAGAAGUUGGUGUUGGAACCUAUCUCUUGCCUUUAAACAUGAGCCUGUACAUUUUUUAGUGGCCAUAAACUUUGUCAUAAAUCAUUUACUGCUGGAAGCUCUUCGUGCCGUUCAAACUGCAGUCACGACUGCAAGCCUGUGGUCAUUAUUUUCUUUUGUUCCCUAUACAGUUAGUCCAGGUCAAGAAGAAAGGUUGCAAAGCCUAUCACAUGGAACUUGAACAAAAUGUUGUUAUUUUUCUUUAUUUGCAGUAUGCAAUUCUUCUAACGAUAGUGGUAACUAUUCAGAUGAAAUAUGUCCUACAUAUCAUAGAUCUUCGAAGUGAAAAUCCAUGGGACAACAAAGCUGUUUAUCUUCUUUAUACUGAGUUAAUCACAGGUAACAACACACUGCAUGAAAGUUGUGUUCUUUGAACUUUUAACAUUUGUAGGUUUUGUGGCCCAGUCAAACUUUACUUUAUGGACACUCAUUGUAUACAAACACCUCAUUAUUAUGGAUAAGUUCUUUCUCCCUCGGAAAGCCCUUAAAUUUUCUCUUAAUGUAAUUUGCUUAAUACUGACACCCAUAAGGCCAUUAAUGCAGACGGAAGAUACUUUUUUCUUGUCAUGUCAACAGAUUUUCAUGGGAAGUUAGUCUAGCUGAUAUGGACACCUCAUUGUCAACUGUAUAUUGUAAUAAGUCUACCUGCUCUGCUUAGAAUUAUGGCAGAUUUCUUAGAAUUUUUUUUGUUAUCUGCCUUGAACCUCUUGAAAAGAGCAAGUUUCAGUUUCAAGGCUUAUAAAAGUAGCAAAGACUAACAAAUCAGCAAAAGACUUACAUUGUAUAAAUCAACUGGACUACAAUAUACAUAGUACUUUACGUGUAAAUUUCACUACCUUUUUGAAGCUUAAAUGUUUUUAGUCUAUUAUGAUUUUAAUGUUAAAAAUGUACCUUUUUGUUGAGUGAAUUGAGACUUCCUUUGUCUCUUUCAGGUUUUAUCAAGACUGUUUUAUAUAUUUGUUUUAUGGUGAUCAUGAUUAAAGUGCAUACAUUCCCACUCUUUGCCAUUAGACCAAUGUACCUGACACUAAGGUGAGGCACUAACACUGAUUCUUUCAUUGUUUGUGUACUCUUGGACUCCUUUGCAUUUUUCACAGGCAGCAGGGUAUUUAUUUACUUAUUUGUUUUACAUUUUAUUUUUCUACAGAGGAUUUAAAAAAUGCAUAAGUGAUGUCAUAAUGUCUCGGCGAGCUAUUAGGAACAUGAAUACUCUGUAAGUUUGUAGUAAUGUUCCACUAUUCAAUGAGUGUUGUUACUCUAAUGACUUGUUGUUACAAACAAUCUUUGAAGUUAAUGAAGUGAUGGACUCAAAGAGUGGAGUUAUUUUACAUAGUAUGAUUGAAAUCUUCGUAGUAAUCGGUUAAGAAAACCUUAAAUACCUACUUAGACAGAAGAAUUCUAUACUUUGCUGGAUUUUUACUACCCAGUUUUCAAAUGAACAUUAAAUGCCAUCAUCAUCAUUUUAGUUUUUCCUUAUGUUUUCCUUUUGUUAUUAAUAGUUAUCCAGAUGCCACAGCUGAAGAACUCCAGCAAGGUGAUAAUGUUUGUAUUAUCUGUCGGGAAGAAAUGACAACAGGCUGCAAAAAACUGCCUUGUAAUCAUAUAUUCCACACCAGCUGUUUAAGAUCUUGGUUUCAACGGCAACAGACAUGUCCAACCUGCCGAAUGGAUGUUCUCCGACCUCAGCCUGCACCCACUCCAGCACAGCCUCCUCAGCCAGGUCCACAGCCCCCAUUUGGAUUCCCUCCCAUGGGAGUUCCUCCUGCUAUGGGGCAUCAACCUAUCCCAGGGACACUACCCCAAGUUCCCCCAAAUGGUAAGGAAUAUGUUGUUAAUGUAGUGGUUGACAUUCUAUCAUUCCCGGUGGACUAUGAAUUCAGCAUUGCACAUCCAUUUCUGUAAUAUUAUAGGUUUUCUAGAGUGUUGCUUGUUUGCCGACCUUGUCUUCUCUCUCUCCCACUACUGCCACAAAGAUCUGCUCUUCACUAAAGGAGCUGUGUCACGAAGUUCAGCCAAAUUAGGAAAUUACAAAAUGCCCUUUUAGUUAAGAGAAACAUAAAAAUAACCACUUAAAACUCUAAAGGAGGGUUACAAUAACAUAACAGAAACAACAGAUGCCACGGAUGGGCAAAACUGAAGAAGAUUGAAACAGAUUGAAAUUAGGGUUUUGAAAACUGUUCAGCCCAACAGUUUUUCAAAAAUAUUGCUCAGGAGACAUAUUUGUUUGUCUGGACCUCUGAUUUUGUCAUUUACCUGUAAUUUCUUUGCUUACUUUAAGUUUCAUAGCGAUUGAGGGCGAGUGAUUGGCAAAAUUGGGCAAAAUGAACUGGACUACCGUGACACAGCCCCUUUAAUGUUCCAAAGGUUAUCCUCGAGAAUUUGUCACCUUGACCCAGAUGAUUUCUUGGUACCCACUGGAAAAACUUAUGAUAGAUAUCCUUGGGUGUCCAUCUACGUUGAUAUUGUCUGUCAUGCUGACUUGUGUUCACCUUAAGUAGAGUGUAGAAAAGUCCAUCUAAGAGGCUUGCAUAGGUUGUUUUUCUUAAGAAGUGUUGAUCUGUUUACCAUAAUGCCCUUCUUUUGUUGGUUUUUUUAUUUUCAAAAUUAUUAUUAAUCAUGUAUGUAAUGACAACUCUAGCUGCUCCCGUUAUGUUCCCUGGUUGGCCACCAAUGGCCGGACCCCCUGUGCCACCUGGACAACCACCUACGGCAGCUGCUACAGCGGUGCCAACACCCACUCCAGGUACACCCCCUACACCUGCAACCACACCCAGCACUAGUGACAUACCACAAGAUGGCACUACACAACCUCAGGUACUCCAGAAUACAAAUACAUGUAUGUUUAUUCUAUAUUAUUCCCUAGUAAGUCACCCUUUGGUCCCAGGAAUUUUUUUCUGAAAAAGUGCAAUAUGAGACUACUUAAUCCAUUUUUCUGAUCCCCAUUUGGCAAAAAACAAUCACAACUACAAAUAUUUUAAAAAGUUCAGGAACUUUGCUUGCUUAACCCUUUAAGCCCUAAGAGUGAUCAGCAUCAAAUUUCUCCUUGAAAUAUCAAUGCUUUGUAAAACAGAGAGGUCAUGAGAAUUACGGACGUGAUCACACACAAUGAAUUUGCUGGAUAUUUUAUCAACAUCUCCCCACUACUUCUGUAGAUCUGAUCUACAAGGGUUAAACUAUUCCUGAUGGAAAAAUACAGCUUCGUUGGUUUGGGAGUGCUUAUAAUGCAAAAUUUCAAGAAAGAAAGCUUGAUCUUUGUCUUUUGCUUUCUUUUCUCCCUUUUCCUGUUUUCCUAAUGGUUUUUUUUUUUUCUUUUUCAGAUGCCAGGCUUUGGUUUCCCUCCUCCAUUUAUGUUCCCUCCUCCCUUUAUGAUGCCACCUUUCAUGUUAGGUGAGUACUAUCAUAAACAAGAAUUUUUUUCAGUCAUGUGCCACUGUGCACACCUUUAUGUAUCACAGUCUCUAUGUGGAUGUUACAGGGUUAUCAUGCCACACUAUUGUCAUGUGGCAAAGGUGUGUUGGGAUAACUUUAAAUCUGAGCUCGAAUCAAUAAUCCAUACUAACUGAAAGUAUAGUUAUAGAUUGACAGUCAUCGAGAAUCUUAUCAUACUAGAUAAAAUUUGAGUAGGAAAUCUGUAUGGGCAGUUACAAUGACAAGCUGAAGUUGAGCCAUUGCAAAAUCUGCACAGACCAGACACAAAUAUUUUAUCAUGUGUGCGAAAUAAAACAGUCAGUAGAGGUUUAAAUCAUAAUGAGUACUAAUUUAGCUGAGGAGUUUGUCUUUAAAGUUAAUUCUACAUUAGAGACAAUAUACCGGUAUCUAUAUCUCAAGACAGCGUGUUCUUCUAUUUAUAAAUUCAAUUGAUGUUUUCCCUGAAAGUACAUUAGUUUUGUACAGAUUGUUACAAAAUGAAAAUAAUUGUCUUUCUCUUUUAAAUGCCUCUUAUCUGUUAUAAACACCCCUUCUUGGACCACUUAAAUUGAAUAAACACCCCAGGUGUCUAUUAGAUCAUUCAUGGCAAAUGAUUCAUCAACCCAGUCUACAGUCAACUCUCCCUAAGAUGGACACCUUUGGGACCAGUACUAUGUGUCCGUCUUAGAGAGAAGUCCGUCUUAUAGAGAGUCAAAUAAGGGGAGUAAAGAAAGGCAGGGACCAACUCUAGGUGUCCGUUUUACAGAGGUGUCCGUCUUAUAGAGGUGUCCGUUAAGAGAGAGUUGACUGUAUUUGUAUUAGGGUUAACAGAGGUGUACACAAGAUUCAAGUACUAACUCUUUAUUGAUCAUAGCUUGACCAAGUAGUAUUUAAAGAAUUUUACACAAAUUGUAACUGCUAAAGUAUUUUAUUAUUGUUCCGUUCAGGUGGUCUGAGUUCUCCUGUCAAUAUGGAUUUCUCAUCACUGAAUAUAGAGCAACUUGUAGCUGUUGAAGGUCAGGAAAGGCAGAAUGUGGAGGCGAGGAUUAACAUGUUACGUACAAUUCAUGCUCUCUUGGAUGCAGCUAUUGUUCAGCUAAAUCAAUAUACACAGAUGAUUAAUGAACAGAGGUAAAUCAAUACAGGACGACCUGGCAAAAUCUCUCAUCCCUUUUCUAGAAAUAUUUUAAAAACCUACAUGAUGAAUAGAGGGGAUCUCACAGGAUGCCCAUUUGUGUUAAGUAUCAACAACAUCAUGCCAGAUUUUUUCCUCAUAAAACGAAGGUUAUAAAUUUGUUGGAAUUCACAUCACAUGUGGAUUGCUUAGGGCGGGGGAAUCUCCAGUUAUAUGUUGAGCGGUGUUUACAGUGCGACUAGGGCCACUUAGAGAAAACUGACCAAUCAGAUUAUAGGAAAAUAUCAAUACACUCCGAGAAAGUUGGUUGUGGACCAAUCACCAGCUCGCAAAAAAACAAUAAGUCACAACAAGCACAAAAUUUUAAUAUUGAUAACAAACGUUUUUCAAGGAAGCAAAUGUUUCACAGACUAUGUUUUUCUCUUCAAAAUUUUACAUGUAACACCCAGGACCCAAGCUGUUAUUUUGUCAUCUACCAGCAUCUUUGCCGCUAUUGCUGCGCUUUGCAAUAACAGCACGAUCAUCUUUAUUUAAACACGGAAUCUCAUUCAUAAAAAUGCUCUUCCAGAGAGCCGUGCAAAACAUAACAGUGAAGUUACAGUUGGUGCUUUCCCUACAGUAAGUCUGGCACGGUUAAAUGCGUUCCAAGGGCCAUUUAAUAGGUUCGUUUGACCACAUGUUGAAUUUCAAAGCAUUUAAGAAAUGUUUCUUUUUUAAAUGGUCAGUCGAGUUGAAAUCAGUUUGUAAAAGCCGUUGCCCCUCAUCCUUUGCUCCUGGAUUCAAGUCUGGGUUAAGUCUUUUCCCUUUUUUUAUUUUCUUCAUAAUUUCUUUCUGCUGGGGUGGUCUCAGAGACACGUGCUCCAGUUUUAAGAGUUUUUAUGAGUUCGCUUUAAAGAAUUGCCCAUCUUGGACAAGUGUCAACCGUUGAACGGUGUCCAUUUAGAAAAGGGUCUACCUUAUAGUGAAGGCAGCUAAUUAAAGAAGUACCCAUCCUUAAAUGGCACUAUACAUGUAUGUGGGGAACUGAGACCAAUUUCAUGGUUUUUAAGCCUUGGGGAAAAAAAACAGUCCUUUGAAUUUCAAGUUGUUAUGAACGAGCGGCCUAUCCUUCAUGUCUCGGAAACUAUGUUUCUGGGUGUUCUUCUAGCUUAAUAGCCACUAAAAUGUCUAAAUCUAUAGGCAUUAUUCAUAAAUCUAGGUUUUUGCUCUCUCCUCACUCUCUUCGAACCUUGUAUAAUUCAAUGAUCCUUCCACAUAUGUAUUAUUGCAACCUAGCUUGGGGAUGUUCCUACAAAUCUAAUCUUAAAAGGAUAGUUAUUUUACAGAAGCGCGCACUAAGAAUAGUAAGCAAGUCUAGGUACGAUGGCAUGCCCAUACUGACCCGAUCUUCAAGGAGCAAAAGCUCUUGAAAUCAAAUGUCAAGAUAUCCACAUGUUUAUAUUAGGUGUUUUUAUGUUUUCAUUUAAGAAUUCUACACUCCCUUCAAAAUUCAAUAACUUUUUUUCAACGAACAACCAAAUACGCAAUUAUAAUACAAGGUCAUACAAGGAGAGCUCAAUCUUUUCGUUUACCGCUAUGCAGGACCAGUACCAUGCGGUAUUCUGUUUACUUUCAAGGUCCAGAGCUUUACAACUCUCUGAAUGCUAAGUAUAACUAAAUCUUUCUCCUAUGCAACUUUAAAAAAAAGCUUAAAGAAUUUCCUCUCAGUGUGGAUUGACUUAAUAUUGCCUUCUGCUUAAGUUACUUCUUUUUUUGUAAAAGCUUGUACUGCUUUUGCUGGUCCAUAUUGUCAUAUUAGACUCGCUUUUUUUUAGUUCUGAGGAAACCUGAUUCUUUAUAAGCCCCGUGGUUUCUUUUAGGUUUCCUCGCCAUCUACUUCGUUAAAUUCCUUAACUUUAUUGUAAUGAUGUGGCGUUAUGGCGAAUAAAUAUGAAUGAAUAAACUGACCAUAUUAGAGAUGUUCACAACUGAAGUUAAUAAUUUGCAAUUCACACUCUUUCAGGCAGCCACCUGUCACUGUAUCUAAUCCCUCAACAGCAGCAGGACCCUCUGGAGAGACCACAGGAACAGGACUCUCAGGGGCGACAGGAGGAGGGCCCUCUGGACUUAAAACCCCCGGACCCUCGGGAUCAGGAUCUUCAGAGGCAGGUCCCUCGGGACUGGAGUCUAGUGUGGGAGCAGAGGUUUCACCUGGCUCCUCGACUGUUGCUGGGCCUGCAGGAUCAAAAUCCUCGGUUUCUGAAGCUAGAGACAAUUCACAAACCAACUCCGCCGAGUUGAAUGACGAGAACUCUGAAAUAAGGCGAAGACGCCUUGAGCGUUUUUCAAGCACGUUGAGCCAAGAAGGUUCUGAGAAAGACAAAAAUGAUUGACCCUCGUCAUGUUACGGUGCUUGUAAGAACAACGAGAAAAAACGGCGACGACAACUAAAAAGAUUUCCGAAAUGCGCUGUAGUUGUUCAAGAUUCGUGGUCAACAAACCGCCGCAUACAAGGAUUCUACGAAAUAAUAAUUUAAACUUCAACAAUUAGAGAACCGACACGCAUCCGGCUUUGGCGGUAACAUGGAGAAAGAACAAAGUGGAGAUAUAAAAGCAUUGAUAUGUAGGUAUACGGACUAUUGAAAAUGCGGCAUAACCCAUUCACUGACACUGACUUAUUCCAGCGCUUGAAACUUUAUGUUUUUAUUAUAAUAUUAGAUGAAGGUUCUAAGCGACUGCAUAGGGUAACGUUGAAUAAAAAUAUUUCAAAGAAAGUAAAAGAACGUUUAAUUACUUCCUAGCAGAUGUUCAUCAAUUUUCUUAGUUUUAUCAGAGCUGUAACCC